AUGAACCAUUUAACCAGAAACAAAGCAAACUCAACCCCUCUUACCCCACUCACCUUCUUAGACAGAGCUGCCAUUGUCUACGGUGACUCCACUUCCAUCAUCUACAACAAUACUUCCUUCACAUGGUCACAAACCAACCGUCGAUGCCUCCAACUCGCAUCUUCGAUAUCAUCUCUCGGCAUCAGAAAAGGCCAUGUCGUCUCCGUUCUCUCCCCAAACACACCCGCCAUGUACGAGCUGCACUUCGCCGUCCCAAUGUCCGGUGCAAUCCUCAACAACCUCAACUUCCGACUCGACCAUAACUCCCUCUCCGUGCUCCUCAUCCACAGCGAAUCAAAACUCAUCUUUGUAGACAUUCUCUCUUUAACUCUAACUCUCAAUGCUCUCUCUUUAUUCCCAACAAACAUUCAGACCCCGAAACUAGUCCUCAUCACUGAUGAUACUCUCGCACCACACCAGAUUCCUCCACCACAAAAAUAUUCAAACAUCAUCAACACCUAUGAGGGUCUUAUAGAUAAAGGUGAUCCAAAUUUCAAAUGGAUCCGACCCGACUCUGAGUGGGAUCCCAUUACGUUAAACUACACAUCCGGAACGACGUCGUCUCCGAAAGGCGUAGUGCAUUGCCACAGAGCAACAUUCAUCGUUUCACUGGACUCUCUCAUAGACUGGUCAGUACCUAUACAACCGGUUUUCCUCUGGACGCUACCGAUGUUCCACUCUAACGGAUGGAGCUACCCGUGGGGGAUCGCAGCCGUGGGAGGAACAAACAUCUGCGCGCGUAGAGUCGACGCGCCGACGAUCUACCGUUUGAUCGAAUCUCACGGAGUAACACACAUGUGCGCCGCACCGGUUGUGCUUAACAUUCUCUCAAAUUUCAACAAAUCAAAACCGUUAAAAAAACCGGUUCAUCUCCUCACCGGAGGUUCAUCUCCGCCGUCGACGAUUCUCAUUCGCGCUGAGGCUUUAGGUUUUGACGUUACUCAUGGAUAUGGAUUGACUGAGACGUGCGGUGUGAUUGUAUCGUGCGCUUGGAAAAGAGAAUGGGAUAGGUUUCCGACGGCGGAGAAGGCAAGGAUGAAGGCGAGACAGGGAGUGAAGAGGAUUGCUGUAACCGAGCUUGACAUUGUGGGACCCACCGGAGAAAGCGUGAAGCGCGACGGUGUAACAGUUGGUGAGAUAGUUGUGAAAGGUGCCUGUGUAAUGCUUGGUUAUUUGAAAGAUGAGGAAGCCACGUGGCAGUGUAUGAGAAAUAAUGGUUGGUUUUACACGGGUGAUGUUGGAGUUAUACAUGAAAACGGUUAUUUGGAGAUUAAAGAUCGAACCAAAGAUGUGAUUAUAAGUGGUGGAGAGAAUAUGAGUAGUGUGGAGGUUGAGGGGGUUUUGUAUAUGCAUCCGGCGGUGAAAGAGGCGGCGGUGGUGGCGAGACAGGAUGGGUUUUGGGGAGAGACGCCGUGUGCGUUUGUGAGUUUGAAGGAUGAGUUGAAGGUAAAUGAAAUGCCGUCGGAGAGAGAGGUUAAGGAGUUUUGUAGGGAGAGGUUGCCGCAUUUUAUGGUGCCUAAGACGGUUGUGUUUAUGGAGGAGCUGCCGAAGACUGCAACGGGGAAAGUUCAGAAACAUGUGCUUAGAGGGGUUGCUAGGGGUAUGGGGUCAUUGCCGUUACCAACUCCACCGCUACUUCCAAGUCGCAUUUAA